GGGUGGUGACGUCAGCAGAAAGGGAAGCAGAGUAGUGGGAGCGGCAGCGGCGCGGGAGGCAUGCGGUUCCGCUGUAAGCUAGUGGACGUCAGCUGCGUGAACCACUUCACCCGAGUUGUAAACACAAUUACAAAGUUGACCAAAUCAUGUACCUUACGACUGACAGCCAACAAUCUGUACUUCAUUCUUACCGACAAGGUGGCUAAUGGGGGAGUCAGCAUGUGGUGUGAGCUCUGCCAGGCCAAUUUCUUUGAUGAGUACCAAAUGGAAGGUGUGUCUGCUGAGCAGAAUGACAUUUAUUUGGAGCUGGCAACUGAAAACUUUUCUCGAGCGUUGAAAACGGCACAGAACGCCAAGGCUGUAAAAAUCAAACUGACUAAUAAACACUGUCCCUGUCUCACAGUGGCUGUGGAACUGCCCUCACUUUCAAGUACGAGUCGUAUUGUCACACAUGACAUUCCUGUGAGUGUUAUUCCCAGAAGGAUGUGGAACGACUUUAAAGAGCCUACCGUACCAGACUUUGAUGUAAGCAUAUAUUUACCAGCAAUAAAAACUAUGAAGAGCGUUGUGGAAAGAAUGAAAAAUUUAAGCAAUUUUAUAGUCAUUGAAGCCAAUAGAAAUGGAGAAAUUAAUUUGAAAAUAGAGACUGAUCUAGUUUCUGUUUCAACACAUUUCAAAGAUCUGGGAAAUCCUCCUUGGGUUUCUGAUGAGCCAUCACAAAGUUACACUCAGGAAAGAGACCCAGACAUCAUGUCAGAAGCCCGAGUGGAUAUAAAGAAGCUUCUACAGUUUCUUGCAGGACAACAAGUAAAUCCAAAUAAAGCCAUAUGCAAUAUUGUACACAAGCGGAUGGUCCACUUUAUGUUACUACAUGAUGAUGCAUCUUUGCAAUAUUUCAUCCCUGCUAUUUCUUAAAUAUAUGCAUUGUCAUUUUUUCAGAACUUCUUUCACAAUUCCAUGUUUUCAAAUGAACUUAUAAAUAGUAUAUCAUUUUCUCCUAAGAUCAUCCAUGGUUUUAUGAUUUUCAUUGUAUUUUUGCUAUUGUUAUACUUUUUAUUUUUUUACUCCCUUUAUUUUCAUAAAACAGAUUAAAUAUAAUACUGGAUAUGUG